GGCGCACGCGCUUGACGUACCCGCCUACAACUCCAUCCCACAGACGGACAAGCCAAUUCAACGCAAGGCUACAACAACGAAAAUGGCGUACGUGUGUUUAAAAAACAGUUUUUGGUAGUUCUCCAUGUAAAAACCGCCCGGAAAACACCCGGAAUCACGGAGUUUUGUCUUUUCCGAUGAUGGAGAGUUCUAACUCGGAAGGUGUCGUCCUGCCGGACAUUUCCGAAGCCGAACAACUUGCGAGCGAACACGAUGGCGGCUCUGGGGACAAUGGCGAAUCCGUCGUGCAAGUGGCCACAGCUGAAGGGAAGAAUCAGCGAGUGUCCGCUGUCUCCGUGAGACAUGCGGCGGGGGUUCCUUCAGUGUCCGUUCCUGUGGGAUCCCUCAUUGCAAACACCUUCAAUGUCAUCACCCAGGAGCAGCUGCAGCACUUCAAGCCCAUGUUAUGUGUGGAUAACAACGGGUACAUAGCAACCACUGAUGGAAGUAGUGGAGAGUUGAAGACUAUCGUUAUCCAACAGGAGGAUAUUGCAAGUAGUGUGUCAGUACCAACUUCAGUAUCAACUUCAGUAGUUGGUAGUUGGAGCGAUGCUGCAAGUGCUGCAGUACUUCCAGUACGGUGCAAAAAUACAUCAGCCGAACUAUACAAGAGCAGGUUUGGGUCAGGUGGUAGAGGAAGAUGCAUCAAGCUGGGCAAUUCCUGGUAUACACCAAGUGAGUUUGAAGCAUUAUGUGGGAGGGCAUCAAGUAAAGAUUGGAAGAGGAGCAUACGUUUUGGAGGAAGGAGUUUGCAAACUCUGAUUGAUGAAGGUAUUAUCCUUCCCCACGCAACAAGUUGCACAUGCGCAGCAUGUUGCGACGACGAUACAGCCACAGGACCCGUACGUCUGUUCACCCCAUACAAGCGCAAAAGGCGGAAGGAGGAUUCCAGCAGUAGGAAGUCCAACGGGGACGAUAGUGAUGUCCAAACGAAGGAGGAAGCCUGGCAGAACCUAGCUGAGGGCCUAGACUCUAACGACUACCAACUCAUCGAACCUGUACCUGCCAUUGACCCGCUCAUCCACCUGAAGAGGUUGGAGGAUAUGGCUUGUCAGAUCAACAGGUUAGCAAUGGAUUUUCGUCGAGGAGUAGAUGACCUACGGGAAAUCCUGACCAAACAGAAUGACAAGUUUCAACGAGAGAAGGAUGCCGCCAUAUUGGCUGCGAGGGUGGAGGCUCAAGUAGCUGCUCUGCAACCAGAAGCUGCUACAGAUUCCACCUUACAACCUGCUUUAGACAGUGACAGCAUAAAGAAGUGUGCGAAUUGCAACAGAGAAGCCCUCGCCGAAUGUUCCCUUUGUCGGCGGACGCCAUAUUGCUCUACGUUUUGUCAGCGGAAAGACUGGGCUUCGCAUCAAGUUGAGUGUGUGAGAGGUGUGACCACAGAUGCUGGACAGCAAUCUAUAAUGCUCAUCGUAGAGAGUGCGGAACAACAAUGAAUGCUCAGACGAUUAACGAAUAUUACCAAAUACUAACAGUAAGAAUAUUUGUAAAUAUCGAGUUUAUAUGAGGUUUUUUGUAUUGUAUAAGUCUGGUGAAAUAUUGGAAAGGGUGACGAUGCAAUUUUCUAAUCCAUUUUAUUAAUGGGUUGAUCGUGUUUAAAAUAAAUAAUAAUGAUUUUUAUCCUGGUAAUACUUUAGCAAAAUUUCAUACGCAUUAUGGAAAGUGGAGAUGCAUCAAGUAUUCAUUUUUUCAAAGUAGUACAGCGUAUUCGGGUACAGGGUUUUCCCCUUCCGGGAGCCGUCCUCGAUGGCACUGCAGCCUCUAGGGCUCAUUGUGCCUUGCUCUUCGAGUACAGCAGCCUAGUGUGCUGUAGCAGUUGGUACAGUUUUCCUGCCGGUACUGUUCUAAACUUCCUCGGUUCUAGUUUUAGUUUCGCGAAGAGUUGAUGUCUUUCGUGAUCCAGCGCUUCGCACUCACAUAAGACAUGUAGGGCUGAUUCUGUCCCUUUUCCACAUUGUCUGCAUCUAGUUCUCUAACGUUCUGUCCUAUUUUGCCCAGGUCUUCUUUCAGGCCAUUGUGUCAUGUUAGAAGGCCUAUAACUGCGCGUAGUUGGUUUCUACCCAUUGAAAGCAGUUCAGUAGUCUUGUUUGGACAGGGUCCCGAGAGUAAUUCUUUCCCAUGCACGACAUCCAGUCACUAACUGCCAAUGGUCCUUGUGUUGGUUUCCUACGUAUUCUUUGACUUGGUUCCUUAUUGUGCUUUUUGGCACCCCAAGGCAGGUACUGGGUCUGAAUGGGAUGUGGAUGAUGCUUUCCAGGGACAGGGUACUCGGUGGAAUGAUUUACGCUAGGUUAUAUCAGCUACUAUCAGUAAUAUAAGGUCUCUUUUUGCUUAAAAUUGAUUUACUUUUCCAAAAAAAUAACGCACCAGAAAAUAUUUUGAUUUGUGACUUAGACGAGUUGUUAGUUUACAAUGUAGAAUUCAGUAACUGCAAUAUCGAGAUUGAAUCCAUACUUCGGCAUUACGGUUUUGGAAUAUUUUAUUUGUGAUGCACUCUUCAAUCGUUCCUAUUAUAAGGUUACAAAAGAAACAAAAACUGCUUGACGUCAUGACGUUACUAAUUCAGAUUUUGCAACGAUUAAACCUAAAUUAUACUUACGCAUGAGUAAAAGUUUUCUUUUUCUUCGAUCUUAUCAGGAAGGACUUGGUAUGUCCGUAAUGCAAACCUUAAAGCUGAACCAAAAUGGUGAGAUUGUAUUAUGUACCAUUUUUCCUACAUAAUAUUUAAGCAUUCCGGUGGGAUCAUGUCACCUUUUCCAACUUGUCAUGACUUUAUAGUUCAGUCUAUUACAUUGUUGUUACAAGUAGGUUUUACAAAAUUGCGAAAGUUGUGAUUAACUUUACAAGUUAAUUGUACUUGACAGCACUGUUGUUUUAUAGUAUUGAAGUAUUUCUUUAUUUUAAAAUUUUGGAAGCCGGAUUGGCAUUGUGAUAAAUUUUAUCAAAAACAUCGGUUUUGUAAUGUGUUAAAAAAUAAAGUGACGUCAAAGUUU